AUGUUGAGCUUAAUCAAUUUGUUGUGCAUUAUUGUGGGUUUCAUGUCAUUGGUGACAGCAAAAAAUGUGAACGAUGUAGAAUAUUGUACGAUCAAAUUGGAGAGCGGAUUUGUUCGUGGCAAAAAGAAUUACACUUUGUUCGAGAAUAAUUUGUAUUACUUAUUUCGAGGCAAUCCAUUCGCAAAGCCACCGAUCAAUGACCUUCGAUUCAAAGCUCCAGUUAAAAACGAUCCAUGGACAGGAGCACUUGACGCAUUUGAUUAUAAAGAAGAUUGUCUUCAAAAUAAGAAAGGGAUAACAGUUGGAUCAGAAAAUUGCUUGUUUUUAGACGUUUUCGUUCCAUUGAAUUGCGUGCGAAUGAAUUCAAGUGCAAAACUAUCGGUGUUAAUUUAUAUUUAUGGUGGAUCAUUUGUCUAUGGUACACCGCGAUACAUGUUGCCGGACUUUUUAAUAGAUAACGAUGUCAUAGUUGUAACGUUUAACUACAGAAUGGGUAUCAUGGGAUUGAUGUCUUUGAAUUUGCCAGAGUAUUCGGUUAAUAUGGCAAUGAAAGAUCAAAGACAGGUCCUGAGAUGGGUGAAUGAGAGUGUUGGACAAUUUGGUGGCGAUAAAAAUCGGGUUACACUCUUCCGGGUCGAUAUGUGAAAAUUUUCACAUAUUAUAUCGUCACAAUCAAAGAAUUUAUUUCAAAGAGGUUUGAUGUUAAAUGGAGCCCUC